AUGAAGCUCUUCUCGUAUCUCAUGGCUCUUCUCCUCUUCCUCCUUCAGGUUGUUCCAGGUCUCAGCAUGCCCAAAGACACCUUACGUUGCGUUGGAUACCAUGGUUUCUGCUUCCAUUCAAAAUCCUGCCCAGAGCCGUUCGCCGCGUUUGGAACUUGCUCUCGGCGUCAGAAAACCUGCUGCAUAGACACGACAUCAAACUUCCAUACUUGUCAAGAUGAGGGGGGUCAUUGUGUACCUACAGAAAUCAAAUGUCUGCAAGAACAAGUGGGACUUUGCCCUCAUAGAGAAUGGAAGUGCUGCACAGAAGUGUAA